ACUGUGAAAUUUGGCUUAUGUUAAUCUAAGAGUAAAAUUAAUACCGGUCGACGGUUAUCUUGGGGGAAAAAGAGCUCCUGAAGUGCUUCUGGUUCUGAUGAUAACCAAAAUACUGGGUGUGUGCUGUGAAAAGAAACUUCCCUGCACAAGAAAUAAAAAGUGCAAUUUGACUUUUUUCAGACAAUCAUAGUACUGCUUCAUUUGCCCAGAAAAAUGUUGUUCUGUUUCAUACUUUUGACUGUGUCUUUAGUGACUUGUUUGCACGGCUCUGGAGCGUCUGCUUGUGGUGCAAACUGCACAGAUAAACCUGUAUUCACUCCAUCCAAACUGGUAGUGAAGUACGGCGAUUCGGCUUCUGCCAGGUGCUCUGUGUGUCAGCACGCUUGUCAGGCCAGCAGAUUUGGACUGGAGAUACCUGUGGGAGUCACAAUAAGAAAUGAAACCACCAUUUCAUGGACGGUGGACAGACUGACUGAAUGGGACACAACUCUCAUUUGCUAUUAUGAUGAUGAUACUACCCGUGGCCAGUGCUGCAGCAUCCUGCUUGUAACUGUCUACUAUCCUCCAGAUAAUGUGUCCAUAAGCCUCGCUGGUCACACUGGGCCGAUGUUUGAGGAUCACCAGUACACUCUGCAGUGUGAAGUCCAGCAUGUUGCUCCUGUUGGACACCUCACUGUGACCUUCUACAGAGGACAGACGCCACUUGCUCAACUGCAGUCCAAUAAUACACAAGAGAGGACACCAGUGAGCGAGACCUUCACAGUAAACAUCACAGCCAGUAAAGAAGAUGAUGGAGGCCAGUACUGGUGUGAGGCCAAGCUGGACCUGGGACCUGAAGGACCACAGCCCCCUCCAGUGGUGAAGUCACAAAAUUCGCUACGACUACAUUAUGCUAAAUAUGCUCAUGGACUUUUACAUGAAAACUGCGCAGAUAAACCUGUAUUCACUCCAUCCAAACUGGUAGUGAAGUACGGCGAUUCGGCUUCUGCCAGGUGCUCUGUGUGUCAGCACGCUUGUCAGACCAGCAGAUUUGGACUGGAGAUACCUGUGGGAGUCAGAACAAGAAAUGAAACCACCAAAAGCAUUUCAUGGACGGUGGACAGACUGACUGAAUGGGGCAUAACUCCCUUCUGCUAUUAUAAUGAUGAUGCUACCGGUGACCAGUGUGGCAGCUUCCUGCCUGUAAUUGUCUACCAUCCUCCAGAUAAAGUGUCCAUAAGCCUCGCUGGUCACACUGAGUCGAUGUAUGAGGAUCACCAGUACACUCUGCAGUGUGAAGUCCAGCAUGUUGCUCCUGUUGGACACCUCACUGUGACCUUCUACAGAGGACAGACGCCACUUGCUCAACUGCAGUCCAAGAAUACACAAGAGAAGAAACCAGUGAACGUGACCUUCACAGUAAACAUCACACCCAGUAAAGAAGAUGAUGGGGGCCACUACUGGUGUGAGGCCAAGCUGGACCUGGGACCUGAAGGACCACAGCCCCCUCCAGUGGUGAAGUCACAAAAUUCGCUCACCUCCAUUGUCUAUUCAAGCACCAUCUCAACAGGACCCAGUCUGUUCCUUGUGUUGGCCGUGGCAGUGGGGGUUGUGAUUGUUGGCCUGAUCAUCAGCUGUUUCUUUUGGUGUUUUUGGUUCAGGCUACGGAGUGUGGUAUAAUUAUGUUUAAGGGGGUAUUUUUACUGCUUUAGUUGUUUGAUGCUGUUUGAUGAUCGCUACAGAGCUUACUUUUUUCUCAGUGUGAUGCUGAUGUGUUGUUAGACUGUAACCUACAAAGUGAGUCGUGUUUCAACAUGAUUAUUUCUUCCUCUCUGCCUAUGUCUACUCAGAGCCAGUGCUGUAGCCUCCACCGAGGACACUGAGGUCAUGUUCUUUGUAUUUGUUUCUAGUAAUUUGAAGUUUUUAACAACCUUAGGGUGUUUACGUUGUACAACUUAAAAAUGUACACACAUUGAGUAUUUUAUAGGCUGAUUACUCCAUGUGGUGUCGGCAGUAGAUAGUAAAAUUUGACUUUGUGUUUUACUUUGGGGAAUAAAAACAGGUUUGCUAAAUGAAAACAUGGAAUAUCUGAUCAUAGAAUAAUCAAACAAGCUUAAAAUCUGUCAAACCAUUUAAAAUCCAUUUUGAAUAUUUGUCAUUUUCUGAUGCUCAGUCCAAAAGACUUUUUUGAGUUUGAUUAGUCCUCACAAAGUAUUGAUGUUAAACCCAGACUAAAGUACCUACAGAGACUGAAAAUGUGGAGGCAUAGAAAAAACAUUUGUAUUAGGGAAAAUUGAUUUUCAGUGAACUAAAUAAAUAGAAAUUGAAAAAUGUAAGCAUCAGAGGGACUCCAUUAACCUCAGUAAUGCCCUGCUCUAGACACAGACAAACUUUAUUUAAGAUAAGAUGAACUUUAUUGAUCCCGCAGUGGGGAAAUUCAGUAAUUUGUAUAAUAAUCAUGAUGUAUAAUUCACUAAUUUCAAAAAGGAAAAAGGAAAAAACAACAUUAAUGACAAUCUAUUUCGUCAUUGCCAUAUUUGUUUUUUCUGGCUCUUCCUAAUAAAUUAGUAAAUACAUCAUAUUUGUGUUUUAUUCAUUUAAAUGCAUUUUUUGUUUUUCUUGUUCAUUUUCAUGUACGCUUGUUAGCGGGAAUAAAAGUUGAAUCAAUCUCUA